UGGCGGAGGAGCCAUCUUGAAACCAACUUUGCAAACUUUCGCAAAGUGCUCUCGAAGUGGAAGCUGCGGGGGAGGCCGGGUGCGCGGCCCUCGGUGUCUCUGCCAGGGUCCCCGGGGAGACAAGGCGCGGGCCGUCCGGAGGACCCGGCGCCGGGCGUGCAGGAGCCGCCCCGGGGCCGCGCGGGGUGGAUGCGGAGGCGCGCCGGGUGCAUGGAUUGUGCUCGGGCGCCCGGCUCGGGCUCGGGCUCCGGGCCAUGGCGCCGCCGCCGCCGGUGCUGCCCGCGCUGCUGCUCUUGGCCGCCGCCACCGCCCUGCCGGCCCUGGGGCUGCGAGCGGCCGCCUGGGACCUGCGCGUGCCCGGAGGGUCCCGCGCCUUCGCCUUGGGGCCUGGCUGGACCUACUCAUUGGACACCGCGCGCACGCCCCGGGCUCUGCGGGAACUGCUGGACGUGAGCCGAGAAGGACGGCUGGCAGGACGGCGGCGCGGGCUAGGCGCGGGGCCUCGGGACUGCGCGCGGCUGGGGGGGCGCCCGCUGCCGCUGCACGUCCGCCUGGUAGCCCGCGGCUCUCCGACAGCAUUAAGCCUUCGCCUACAGGCGCGCGCUCAGGGUCCUGGCUGCGGAUCCUGGCCGCGGCGCCGACGGGCCCCUGGUGCGGAGCUGCGCGCGCGUGCAGUGCUCACAGUUCCCGGGUUUGGAGGGGCGCUCUGUUUUCCAGCCCCCGGCGGCGGCGCCGCGACGCUGCACUCGGCGCUAGCUGCCCUCACCAGCUUCCCCGCCUGCAGCUGCUCGGCCCAGCCCGAGCCCCACUGCCGGGCCGGCCCCAUCUGCCUGCCUCCCGGCAGCUCGAUCCGCCUGCGCCUUCUGUGCGCCCUGCGGCGCGCUGCCGGCGCCGUCCGGGUGGAGCUGGUGCUGGAAGCGGCCGCAGCAGGGACGCCCUCCGCGUUGCCGUCGCCGCAGUCAUCGCCAAGCCCGCCUCUAGCCAGGGUGGCGAUGGCGCGACGGGCCCGGCGGGGCGCGGGCGGCAGCACGAGCCCGCAGUUCCCGCUGCCUAGUUACCAGGUGUCGGUGCCUGAGAACCAACCUGCCGGCACCGCGGUCAUCGAACUGCGCGCGCACGAUCCCGACGCGGGCGAGGCUGGGCGCCUGAGCUACCAGAUGGAGGCGCUGUUCGACGAACGCUCCAACGGCUACUUCCUCAUCGACUCGGACACCGGCGCGGUGAGCACCGCCCGCGCGCUGGACCGCGAGACCCAGGACACGCACGUCCUCAAGGUGAGCGCCGUGGAUCACGGCUCUCCGCGGCGCUCGGCCGCCACCUACCUCACCGUCACGGUCAGCGACACCAACGACCACAGCCCGGUUUUCGAGCAGUCCGAGUACCGCGAGCGUGUUCGCGAGAACCUCGAGGUGGGCUACGAGGUGCUGACCAUCCGAGCCACCGACGGCGACGCGCCCUCCAACGCCAACAUGCGCUACCGCUUGCUGGAGGGCGCAGGCGGCAUCUUCGAGAUUGAUGCGCGCUCGGGAGUAGUGCGCACCCGGGCCGUGGUGGAUCGGGAGGAGGGGGCCGAGUACCGGCUUCUGGUGGAGGCCGACGACCAGGGCCGCAACCCCGGCCCACUCAGCGCCACGGCCACCGUGCACAUCGUAGUGGAGGACGAGAACGACAACUACCCCCAGUUCAGCGAGAAGCGCUAUGUGGUGCAGGUGCCCGAGGACGUGGCGGUCAACACUGCAGUACUGCGUGUGCAGGCCACGGACAGGGACCAAGGCCAGAACGCGGCCAUCCACUACAGCAUCGUCAGUGGGAACCUGAAGGGGCAGUUCUACCUGCACUCCCUGAGCGGGAGCCUGGACGUGAUCAACCCGCUGGAUUUUGAGGCCAUCCGGGAGUACACGCUGCGCAUCAAGGCCCAGGAUGGGGGCCGGCCUCCUCUCAUCAAUUCCUCGGGGCUGGUCGCUGUGCAGGUGCUGGACGUGAAUGACAACGCGCCCAUCUUCGUGAGCAGCCCCUUCCAGGCUGCCGUGCUGGAGAACGUGCCCCUGGGCUACUCCGUGCUGCACAUUCAGGCGGUGGAUGCCGAUGCGGGUGAGAACGCCCGUCUGCGUUACCGUCUGGUGGACACAGCCUCCGCGGGACCUGGGUCUGAGAGCGCUGCCACCACCCCGGGUUUCCCCUUCCAGAUCCACAACAGCUCGGGCUGGAUUACGGUGUGUGCUGAACUGGACCGGGAGGAGGUGGAGCGCUACAGCUUCGCGGUGGAGGCGGUGGACCACGGCUCGCCACCCAUGAGCUCCUCCGCCAGCGUCUCCAUCACGGUGCUGGACGUGAAUGACAACGACCCGGUGUUCACGCAGCCCAUGUACGAGGUUCGUCUGAACGAGGACGCUGCUGUGGGAAGCAGUGUGCUGACCCUGCGGGCCGAGGACCGCGACGCCAACAGCGUGAUCACCUACCAGCUCACUGGCGGCAAUACCCGCAACCGGUUUGCGCUCAGCAGCCAGAGUGGCGGCGGCCUUAUCACCCUCGCGCUGCCGCUGGACUACAAGCAAGAGCGACAGUACGUGCUGGCGGUGACGGCGUCCGAUGGCAUGCGCUCACACACUGCACAGGUCUUCAUCAACAUCACGGACGCCAACACCCACCGGCCAGUCUUCCAGAGCUCCCACUACACGGUAAGUGUCAGCGAGGACCAGCCUGUGGGCACCUCCAUUGCCACCAUCAGCGCCACGGAUGAGGACACGGGUGAGAAUGCCCGCGUCACUUAUGUGUUGGAGGACCCUGUGCCCCAGUUCCGCAUUGAUCCGGACACGGGCACCAUUUACACCACCACGGAGCUGGACUAUGAGGACCAGGCUGCUUACACGCUGGCCAUCACGGCUCGGGACAAUGGCAUCCCUCAGAAGUCGGACACAACCUCCCUGGAGAUCCUCAUUCUUGAUGCCAACGACAAUGCCCCCCAGUUCCUGCGGGAUUUCUACCAGGGUUCCGUUUUUGAGGAUGCACCACCGUCAACCAGCGUCCUCCAGAUCUCUGCCACAGACCGGGACUCCGGCCCCAAUGGUCGUCUGCUGUACACCUUCCAGGGUGGGGACGAUGGUGAUGGGGACUUCUACAUCGAGCCCACAUCCGGCGUGAUCCGCACCCAGCGCCGGCUGGACCGGGAGCACGUGGCUGUGUACAGCCUCCGGGCUCUGGCUGUGGACAGGGGCAGCCCAGCUCCACUAAGUGCCUUGGUGGAAAUCCAGGUGACUGUCUUAGACAUUAACGACAACCCCCCUGUGUUUGAGAGGGAUGAGCUGGAGCUGUUUGUAGAGGAGAAUAGCCCCGUGGGGUCGGUGGUGGCGAGGAUUCAUGCCGAUGACCCUGAUGAAGGCCCCAACGCCCAGAUCAUGUAUCAGAUUGUGGAAGGCAAUGUGCCGGAGGUCUUCCAGCUGGACCUGCUGAGUGGGGACCUGCGUGCCCUGGUGGAGCUGGACUUUGAAGUCCAGCGGGAGUAUGUGCUGGUGGUACAGGCCACAUCGGCCCCGCUGGUGAGCCGAGCCACGGUGCACAUCCGCCUCCUGGACCAGAACGACAACCCGCCAGUGCUGCCUGACUUCCAGAUCCUCUUCAACAACUAUGUCACCAAUAAGUCCAACAGCUUCCCCACUGGCGUAAUCGGCCGCAUCCCUGCCCGUGACCCUGACCUGUCUGAUAGCCUCAACUACACCUUCCUGCAGGGCAACGAGCUUCACCUCCUGCUGCUGGACCCCUCCACGGGGGAGCUGCAGCUCAGCAAGGACCUGGACAACAACCGACCCCUGGAGGCCCUCAUGGAGGUGUCUGUGUCUGACGGCGUCCACAGCGUCACGGCACUCUGCACCCUGCGUGUCACCAUCAUCACAGACGACAUGCUCACCAACAGCAUCACCGUCCGCCUGGAGAACAUGUCGCAGGAGAAGUUCCUGUCCCCACUGCUGGCCCUCUUCGUGGAGGGAGUGGCCACGGUGCUGUCCACCACCAAGGACGAUGUCUUCGUCUUCAAUAUCCAGAAUGACACGGACGUCAGCACCAACAUCCUGAACGUGACCUUCUCGGCGCUGCUGCCUGGCGGCGUGCGCGGCCAGUUCUUCCCAUCGGAGGACCUGCAGGAGCAGAUCUACCUGAACCGCACGCUGCUGACCACCAUCUCCACGCAGCGCGUGCUGCCCUUCGACGACAACAUCUGCCUGCGGGAGCCGUGUGAGAACUACAUGAAGUGCGUGUCGGUGCUGCGCUUCGACAGCUCGGCGCCCUUCCUCAGCUCCACCACCGUGCUCUUCCGGCCCAUCCACCCCAUCAAUGGGCUACGAUGCCGCUGCCCGCCCGGCUUCACUGGCGACUACUGCGAGACGGAGAUUGAUCUCUGCUACUCCAGCCCCUGCGGUGCCAAUGGCCGCUGCCGCAGCCGCGAGGGGGGCUACACCUGCGAGUGCUUCGAGGACUUCACAGGAGAGCACUGCGAGGUGAAUGCCCGCUCUGGCCGCUGUGCCAACGGUGUGUGCAAGAACGGGGGGACCUGCGUGAACCUGCUCAUCGGCGGCUUCCACUGCGUGUGCCCCCCUGGCGAGUACGAGCGGCCCUACUGUGAGGUCACCACCAGGAGCUUCCCGCCACAGUCCUUUGUCACCUUCCGGGGCCUGCGGCAGCGUUUCCACUUCACCCUCUCACUCACGUUUGCCACCCGAGAGAGGGACGCCUUGCUGCUCUACAAUGGCCGCUUCAAUGAGAAGCACGACUUCAUUGCCCUGGAGAUCGUGGAGGAGCAGCUGCAGCUCACCUUCUCCGCAGGUGAGACGACGACGACUGUGGCGCCGCAGGUCCCCGGGGGCGUGAGUGACGGGCGGUGGCACUCUGUGCAGGUGCAGUACUACAACAAGCCCAACAUCGGCCGCCUGGGCCUGCCCCAUGGGCCAUCUGGGGAGAAGGUGGCCGUGGUGACAGUGGACGACUGUGACACAGCCAUGGCCGUGCGCUUUGGAAGCUAUGUGGGGAACUACAGCUGUGCUGCCCAGGGCACUCAGAGCGGCUCCAAGAAGUCCCUGGAUCUCACAGGGCCUCUGCUCCUGGGGGGUGUCCCCAACCUGCCGGAGGACUUCCCGGUGCACAACCGGCAAUUCGUGGGCUGCAUGCGGAACCUGUCGGUGGACGGCAAACACGUGGACAUGGCUGGAUUCAUCGCCAACAAUGGCACCAGGGCAGGCUGUGCUGCUCAGAGGAACUUCUGUGAUGGGACCUGGUGUCAGAACGGGGGUACCUGUGUCAGCAGGUGGAACAUGUACCUGUGUGAGUGUCCACUGCAGUUUGGCGGGAAGAACUGUGAGCAAGCCAUGCCCCAUCCCCAGCGCUUCAGUGGCGAGAGCAUCGUGUCCUGGAGCGACCUGGACAUCACCAUCUCUGUGCCCUGGUACCUGGGGCUCAUGUUCCGGACCCGGAAGGGGGAUGCGGUGCUGAUGGAGGCCACAGCCGGCCUGUCCUCCAGGCUUCAUCUGCAAAUCCUGAACAACUACAUCCAGUUUGAGGUGUCCCAUGGUCCCUCUGACGUGGCGUCCAUGAGGCUGUCCAGGUCACGUGUGACGGAUGGGGAGUGGCAUCACCUGCUGAUAGAGCUAAAGAGUGCCAAGGAGGGCAAGGACAUCAAGUACCUGGCAGUCAUGACCCUGGAUUAUGGGAUGGACCAGAACAUGGUACAGAUCGGGAACCAGCUUCCUGGGUUGAAGAUGAAGAGCGUCGUGGUCGGGGGCCUGUCUGAGGACAAGGUCUCCGUGCGCCGUGGGUUCCGUGGCUGCAUGCAGGGGGUGAGAAUGGGGGAGACGGCCACCAACAUCGCCACCCUGAACAUGAACGAUGCCCUCAAAGUCAGGGUGAAGGACGGCUGUGAGGUGGAGGACCCGUGUGCCUCAAGCCCCUGCCCUCAGCACAGCCGCUGCCACGAUGCCUGGGACAGCUACUCCUGCGUGUGUGACAGAGGGUACUUCGGAAGAAAGUGUGUGGACGCGUGUCACCUGAACCCCUGUGAGCACGUGGCAACCUGUGUGCGCGCCCCUGGCUCCCCGAGGGGGUACGAGUGCGAGUGCGCGCCCAGCCGGUAUGGACGCUACUGCGAGAACAGAAUCGACCUUCCAUGCCCCAAAGGCUGGUGGGGGAACCCUGUCUGUGGACCCUGCCACUGUGCUGUCAGCAAAGGUUUUGACCCCGACUGCAAUAAGACCAAUGGCCAGUGCCAGUGCAAGGAGAAUUACUACAAGCCCCCCUCCCAGGAUGCCUGCCUGCCCUGCGACUGCUUCUCCCACGGCUCCCACAGCCGUGCUUGUGACAUGGACACUGGGCAGUGUGCCUGCAAGCCUGGUGUCAUCGGCCGCCAGUGUAACCGCUGUGACAACCCCUUUGCUGAGGUCACCACGCUUGGCUGUGAAGUGAUCUACAGUGGGUGUCCCAGAGCAUUCGAGGCCGGCAUCUGGUGGCCGCAGACCAAGUUUGGACAGCCCGCCGCAGUGCCAUGUCCCAAGGGAUCGGUGGGAAAUGCAGUUCGACACUGCAGCGGCGAGAAGGGCUGGCUGCCCCCCGAGCUCUUCAACUGCACCACCGUCUCCUUCGUGGACCUCAGAGUCAUGGACGACAAGCUGAGCCGCAACAAGACGCAGCUGGACGGCGCCGGGGCGCUGCGGCUGGUGAGGGCUCUGCGGAACGCCACGCGGCACAGCGACACGCUCUUCGGCACUGAUGUGCGCACGGCCUACAGGCUGCUGGCCCAGGUCCUGCAGCACGAGAGCCAGCAGCAGGGCUUUGACCUGGCGGCCACCCAGGAUGCCAACUUCCACGAGGAUGUGGUCCACUCGGGCAGUGCCCUCCUGGCUCCGGCCACCAGGGCUGCGUGGGAGCAGAUCCAUCGGAGCGAGGGGGGCGCCGCGCAUCUGCUGAGGCACUUCGAGGCCUACUUCAGCAAUGUAGCACGGAAUGUGCAGAGGACCUACCUGAGGCCUUUUGUCAUCGUCACUACCAACAUGAUCCUUGCUGUUGACAUCUUCAACAAGUUCAAUUUCACGGGAGCCAGAGUGCCUCGCUUUGAGAACAUUCGAGACGAAUUCCCCAGAGAGCUGGAGUCUUCCAUCUCCUUCCCGGCCGACUUCUUCAAACCACCUGAGAAAAAAGAAAGCCCCGUGGUGAGGCUGGCCGGCCAGAGGUCCCCGCCAGCAACUGUGGGCCCAGAGCCCAGCACCAAGGGGGAGGCCCAUUUCACCCGGCGGCGGAGACACCCGGAUGACCCCAGCCAAUUUGCCGUCGCCCUGGUCGUCAUUUAUAGGACCUUGGGGAGGCUCUUGCCAGAGCGCUAUGACCCCGACCGCCGAAGUCUCAGGCUGCCCAACCGACCGGUCAUCAACACGCCAGUGGUGAGUGCCGUGGUGUACAGCGAGGGCACCCCACUCCCAAGCACCCUGGAGAGGCCUGUCCUGGUGGCGCUCACCCUGCUGGAGACGGAGGAGCGCACCAAGCCCGUCUGUGUGUUCUGGAACCACUCCCUGGCCAUCGGAGGGACCGGAGGGUGGUCAGCCAAGGGCUGUGAGCUCCUGUCCAGGAACCGGACCCAUGUGCUGUGUCAGUGCAGCCACAUGGCCAGCGUCGCGGUGCUCAUGGACGUCUCCAGGCGCGAGCACGGGGAGGUCCUGCCGGUAAAGGCCGUCACGUACACUGCCGUGGCCUUGUCGCUAGCGGCCUUGCUGGUGGCCUUUGUGCUCCUGGCACUGGUCCGCACGCUGCGCUCCAACCUGCACAGCAUCCACAGGAACCUGAUCGCGGCGCUGUUCCUCACCCAGCUGGUCUUUGUGCUCGGGAUUCACCAGACGGAGAACCAGUUCCUGUGCACUGUGGUCGCCAUCCUCCUGCACUACGUCUACAUGAGCGCCUUCGCCUGGGCGCUGGUGGAGGGCCUGCACGUGUACCGCAUGCUGACCGAGGCCCGCAACAUCGACACCGGGCCCAUGAGGUUCUACUACGUCGUGGGCUGGGGCAUCUCCGCCAUCGUCACAGGACUGGCAGUUGGCCUCGACCCCCAGGGCUAUGGGAACCCUGACUUCUGCUGGCUGUCCCUUCAGGACACCCUGAUUUGGAGUUUUGCUGGGCCCAUCGGAGCAGUUAUAAUUAUCAAUACAGUCAUCUUUGUCCUGUCUGUAAGGGUGUCCUGCCACAGGAAGCACCACUAUUAUGAAAGAAAGGGUGUCGUCCCCCUGCUGAGGACGGCCUUCCUCCUGCUGCUGCUGGUCAGUGCCACCUGGCUGCUUGGGCUGCUGGCGGUGAACAGCGACGUGCUGGCCUUUCACUACCUCUUUGCCAUCUUCAGCUGCUUGCAGGGCCUCUUCGUCCUCCUCUUCCACUGUGUGCUCAGCAGGGAGGUCCGGAAACACCUGAAGGGGGUACUCACCGGGAAGAAGCUGCACCCAGAUGACUCGGCUACCACCAGGGCCACCCUGCUUACACGGUCACUUAACUGCAACAACACGUAUAGUGACGGCCCCGAGAUGCUACGCACAGCCCUGGGCGAGUCCACCGCCUCACUGGACAGCACCAUCAGGGACGAAGGUAUCCAGAAGCUCAGUGUGUCCUCUGGGCCAGCACGGGGUGGCCAUGGAGAGCCAGAUUCGUCCUUCAUCCCCAGGAAGCCCCAUGGCCAGGACUCAGACUCAGAUAGCGAGCUGUCCCUGGAUGAGCACAGCAGCUCCUAUGCCUCCUCACAUUCGUCAGACAGCGAGGAUGACGGGGCGGAGGCCCAAGACAGAUGGGACCCGGCCCGGGGCCCUAUCCACAGCACCCCCAAAGGGAACGCUGUGGCUAACCACAUCCCGGCCGGCUGGCCCGACGAGAGCUUGGCAGGCAGUGACAGCGAGGGCCCGGGUGGUCAGCCCCACCUGAAGGUGGAGACCAGGGUCAGUGUGGAGCUGCACCGGGAGGAGCAGGGCAGUCACUGCGGGGACCGCGCCCCAGACACGGAGAGUGAGGUCGCGAUCAAGUCUGCUCAGCAGCCCCCGGAGCAGAGGAAAGGCAUCUUGAAAAACAAGGGAACCUACCCGCCGCCGCUGACGGAGCAGACGCUGAAGGGCAGGCUCCGUGAGAAGCUGGCGGACUGUGAGCAGAGCCCCGCGUCCUCGCGCACGUCCUCCCUGGGCUCCGACUGCGCCAUCACGGUCAAGAACUCGCGGCGGGAGCCCGGCCGUGAGCACCUCAACGGGAUGGCCAUGAACGUGCGCGCCGGGAGCGCCCAGGCCGAUGGCUCUGACUCUGAAGGCAGUAACGAAACUUCAAUUUGAACCAUCAGGAAACCGUGAGGCAAGCUCAUCACUGCUAUACAGCCUGCUGUGUUGUCAAGCCCUGGGAUCUUGGAGCCCGAGGGACCACUGCCCAUGGACUGAAGCAGGCCCUGGGUAUGGGAGGUCUUCACAGUGGCCACCCCACAACUGACAGUCCAGACAAAAAGCCCUCAGAUCUCCCAGGGGUUCAGGGCUAGUCAGACCCUGUGACAAGUGCCAAAGCUCAUAGGUGUGAGGGAGGCGUGGACUGCUCAGCUGGCCGGCGUGGUCCUUAGACUGCAAACAGCCAAAACUGUGCUGCUGGCCUGGCUGUGAGCAGGUUCGUGGAUGCUGGGCACAGACCAAAGACAGGUCUGGCCACUGUGCAAGCAUCUCCCUGUAGGACAGGCACAUGGCCAGCAGCCUGGACAGCCCUUUGUGAAGGCACCUCUUGUCUUAAGGCAGAUUACUUUGCUCUGCUGAAAAGGUGCAGAUACUUUUAUAUAUUUGUAUGGGACUCUGAGCAGGGGAAAACCUAUGUAUAUUUUGCAUUUUGCAAUAAGUAUUGACUUUGUUGAUACUGGGAGAUCUGUGGCAUGAUCUCUGUUUCUUAUGUAAGGAAGAUUGCACAGUUGUACUUGAAUCUGGCAUGCAUGGACACAACUGGUGUCCAGGCAGAACAAAGGUGGAAAGUACAUUAGCAGUGAGGUUAAAAUUGAGUUGUAAAAGCUCCUGCAAGGGGCCAGUGCGUGUCCCUGCAGGCCUCCCAAACGCCCAGCGUGUUCACUGCUACAUCCGUUUGCCCUCAGCACCCACCUGCCUUGACAGGGGUGGGUCCAAGAUAGGGAGGUGUGGGACUGGGCAGGUCAGUGAAGUCCAGCUGAGACCAGUGUGGAAUGCAGUCACCACACAACCGGAGUUUCACAGCCAGUCAUUCCCUGACUGCCACCUCCACCCACUGUGGGCCUGGCGCCCUGGCUGGAGCCCUUCCCAGGUAGCACAGGACCGCAGGUGGGGACUUCCUUUGUCCCUGCGCUCUUGCUCCUGGUGGGAGCUCAACAUGUUCACACGUUCCCAAUUCAGAUGGCGGCAUGAGGUCUUCCAGGAUGUCACAUUCCCUCCUGCCAAUUUUCUUGCUCUUUGAGACUCCAAGGAUCUCCAGGCAGGCAGGGGACCCACCCCCAGAGUCUGACCAAUUACUUCAUUUUGCUUCAAAUGGCCAAUUGUGAAGAGGGACAAAGCCACAGCCAUACUUUUUGAUGGUUACCAAACUGUUUUUGGAAACUCAUACCAGGGACUGGCUGUGACUGUCCCACUAUGGGCAGCUGGUGCAGCGAGACCCGGAGGGCUGUGGAGUGGAGCCCGGAACUUCAGACACGUUUUAUUCCAGUGUUUCCUUUGUUCUUCAGAUCAGGUGCCCAAUUAAAUGAUCAACACAGCUGCUUCCAAAUAUGGGAAACAAAAUAAAAGGCCUGCCAUGUGAAAAAAAUAUAUGGGAAACCACAAAAUAGGAUGAAAUCAAAUAAAACGGAAAGAUUUCCAUCCAGUCUUAACUUGGAUGAAAAUGUGAGCCUUGUCCACAGACGCUGCACAGGAGAGAAGCACUCCUGACACACUAAGGGCAGUGAAAUGGGACCCAUGUCCUUAGAGCUGAAUGAAUUAUACAUGUGCCUUAACAGGUGAGUGGCCUUCUGAAGACACACGAUGACGGGCUCUUCAGAUGUCCGCCACUGACUGGAUGUUUUCCGAGUACGAAGAGGGUUUGCUAUUUCCAAGCCUUUGAGCACCUCACUUUCACAUCAUCACUUAUUGUUCCACAGCUGAUUUCGCCCCUUGAGUUUUUAAUUUGAUUAGAACUGUUACCAAAAAACAAUCGUCAGUUUACUAAGACAGGAAAAAUAUAAACCUAUUUUUACUACUUAAGACUUUAUGACAGAGAUUACACACUGGAGGUUUUUAACAAAUGUGUAUUUAUUAAUGUUAAAACACUGGAAUUACCACCCAAGUGAGAAGCGUCUACAAUAAAUUAAGAUUUUUGAAUUUG